ACGCAUUUUAAUGUAGCCUUAUCAUAAGCGCAGUAAAUGAAUAAUACAAAGUGAAAUUUUGCUGUAAUAAUUGAUUGUGUUUGUUCUGAAGAUUGUUAGUGUUGUUGACCCAAGUGUUUGUUUCGGUUUCUGGACAAUAUGGUUCGACCUUCUUCAGAUAUUUGGCAAUUAUUUGAUAUUGAAAAAACAGAUAAAAAAUCCAAGGCUGCGUGUAAGUUUUGCUGUUUUAAAUACGCCUUUCCAAACGCAACUCACAUGACGAAUCAUAUAUUAAACCAAUGUUCAAAAUGUCCUUUGGAAAUUAAACAAAAAUAUGGCAAUGAAAUACAAUCGAGUUCGAAGUCUUCGACGUCAGAAGAAAAAGAAGGUAACAAAGAUAUCCUGCUAGAAGCAUUAGAAGAUACCAGUCUCCCUUCAACUAGCAAAAAGGACACGUCAUCAAUGUCAUCAUCUUCCUAAUCUCCAUUACCGUCAGUAAAACGCAAGAAAGCUAGCUGCCAACAAACAUUGAGUGGGUUUUUCGAUAAGCUAGCUGCUUCAGAGUCUUCUAAAAUUGAUGAGGCACUAGCUAGGGCUCUUUAGUUUUCUGGUGCUCC